AUACCAGGUGACGGUUGUGGAGCCAGAAAGACUGCUAAUACUAAAGGAGCAGGAGCCACUGCUGGAUAAGCCUUAUGCAAGAACCAACACGUCAGGAUGGUGCUGGCUGGGAGGACUUGUUGGCCAGCAUGAUGACUGUGCUGAGGCCUCUCGCAUAGCCCUUCAAAAACUUUGUGCCUUAUUAGAGAGUGAAAAUUUGACGCCGUGUGAUUUGGUACGCAUUUGCAUAUUUGUGCGUGACAUGAAUGACUAUGCAGCAAUCAAUGCUGCAUAUGUAAGCGUGUUGAGUCACGUCAACCCACCAGUGAGAGUGUGUGUGGAGGCUCCCCUUAGAGCUGAUAGUCCAGUGGUACUGGAAGCCAUAGCGUACAAGCAGCAAACUGAGGGUGACUGUCGCCGACAUACCAUGCAUGUGCAGGGCAUCAGUCAUUGGGCCCCGGCCAACAUUGGGCCUUACAGUCAGGCUAUCAGGGUUGGAGAUGUAAUCUAUAUAGCUGGUCAAAUUGCCUUGAUUCCUGGGUCCAUGCAACUUGUAGAAGGAGGUAUCCGUAGACAUUGCAGGCUGGUAUUGAGACAUGUGGAUAGACUCAUCCGUGCUAUGGAUAGCAACACACAAAUCAGGGACGUAGUCCAGGGGGUCUGUUACGUGACAAAUGCAGCUUAUGUCGCUGAGGCCCGUCGGGAGUGGGAACGGAGGACUAACAACGCCAUUACGGACUAUGUUGUGGUUCCUGCACUGCCUCGGGGGGCUCUUCUAGAGUGGCAGGUGUGGGCCCACAGAGGUAACUCCAGAUUUGAGUAUGAGGAGACGGGUUGUGUCGUGGGAGACUGCCGGGUCUCACUAAGACGUCGGUGGAAUUACGAGAACAGUGUUGCUGCUGUUGUAUGUAAUGUGGCAUCAGGUAGUUCAGCAUCGAACCCAUCUCUUAGUCAGACACGACCACGGGAAGAGCCACUUACAGAAGCUGAGCUCAAGGCUGUACUGGAGUAUACUCUGGUGCGACUUUACCGUGGUGAUCCACAACCCACAUCACGUGUAUGCGCGCUGCGUGCCUUGCGCCGCGUAGGCUAUGGCCCUACCUCUGGUGCUAUACACUCUGCCCUAGCCCAGCUAUCAGAUUACCAAGUGGUUCCCACUAUACUACCAGUUUGCCAGCUCAAUCAUCCCAACAUCUUCCUGAGUCUUUGGGCGCUCCGACAUCAGUAGGUUACUGUCCACUAAACUAUUUGUCUAUAGUUGUUAUAAACUAUAUUAUAAUAAGAGUAUCAAACCAUUAACUCGGUAACACGAGAGAAUGUCAUGUCAUUUAUUAUAAUACUAUUAAAUAGAAUUUUAUUUAUUUUUUGAGUUUUUACAAAAAAGAUUUGUAAGUAUUUUAGGUGGAAAUGCAGAAAUAUUUUUAAACGAGUAUACGUACAUCUACAGACUUAUAGUUUGAAUUUAUUUACUAAUUAUUUAGUUAAUUAAAUUAGCCAGUAAACUGGAUUUAUAUUUUAACUAUUCUAUUUUUAAUUUACUACCAUGAAAUAUAACUUUUGUUACUGAUUUUACUCUUGAAUAACUUCAAUUACAUUGUUUACAUUGUUACUGCUUCAAUUUUCAUUUAAAAUUAAGAGCAUAGAUAGACAUACCAUUCUUGUCUCUGUUAAAUACAGUGUCUCAAUAAAAUAUAUACUCAUUUGAAUUAUUGUAUUGAAUAAAAUAAAGCAUUUCAUCUCA